AUGACCGACGUGGGAGAAGAUAACCGUCCGGACGCCGCGAUGGUGAACACGCGCGCCACCGCCCUCCCCAGCGAGCACAUUGUUCAGAGAGACUCGUGCGUGAUGACCGGCGCAACGGAUUUCGAACCGCUUUUGACGCUGCGAGACUUCCCCGUUGGCAUGUACUGCGUCCCAGAGGACUGGGAAGGGACUGAAUACUUUACAGACAUGCACUGGUCCAUCUGUAAGAGCUCUGGUGUCAUUCAGCUCACUCGACUGAUCGAGUUGACGACUUUGUAUGACUGCCAACACGAAUCCGGCGCCAUCGGAGGACUGUGGAAGCGACACCACGAAGAAUUUUGCAACUUUAUCGACGAAUUCGGUUCCAGAGCCAUUUUGGAGAUCGGGGGAGGGCACGGACACCUAGCCAAGAUGUUCACGGAGAGACACGCAGAACAGUGCGAGUGGAUCAUGGUGGAGCCGAAUUUACCAGAUUGGCUAGCAAACGGUGAACAUUCGAGUCAAAUUCGUCCGAUCAAGGCGUGGUUUGGGGAUGAGCUUGAGUUGCCUGCUAGCGCGCCGAAAAUCGACGCCGUUGUGCACUCGCAUACGCUUGAACACUUGUAUAAUUACGAUAAUUUUCUUCGCACGGUGGCGAGGAUGGAACCCAAGUAUCAAAUUUUUUCGGUGCCAUACCAACAGGAGUGGUUGCGACGCGGCUGGCUUAACAGCAUCAUGUUUGAACAUCCACAAAUGUUGACGCCGAAAUCCAUCGAGUACAUUAUGGCGCGACAUGGCUUUUCGUUGGAAAAGAAGCAAAUCUUCGCUGAUUGUCAUUCAUUGUUCUACGCCUUCUCUCACAAGGGUAAAGACAGCGCCACGGUGCCAAAACUUGAACUCAACGAGUACCACGAGAACAAGCUGUUGUUCCAAAACUGGCUCAAGACAAACGUAGACUUCGUCCAGCGUGUCAACGCGCGCAUUGACAAGGCGCUAAAGACAGAGAAAGAACCGAGCGUCUACAUCUUUGGCGCGCACAUUUUCACGCAAUAUUUGGUAAGUUUCGGUCUGCGCGCCUCUGUUGUGUCCGCGAUCUUGGAUAACGCCACCGGUAAGCAAGGCAAGCUUCUGUAUGGGUUGCCAUUAAUGGUGUACUCGCCAAAGAUACUUGUUGACAAGAAGCAACCCAUCAUUAUUUUAUGUGUCGGUGCGUACGCCGAGGAGAUCAAGCGCGGUAUUCUCGAGGUGAACGCGAACGCAGUCUUUUUGGAGUGA